GAGAUGACAAGCAAAAGGAAGCUCAUCGGGCGCCUGGUGCCGUGCCGCUGUUUCCGCGGGGAGGAGGAGAUCGUCUCCGUGCUGGAUUAUUCCCACUGUGGCCUCCAGCAGGUGCCCAAGGAGGUUUUCAACUUCGAGAGGACCCUGGAGGAGCUUUACCUCGAUGCCAACCAGAUCGAGGAGCUUCCCAAGCAACUUUUCAGCUGCCAGGCCCUGCGCAAGUUGAGCAUCCCCGACAAUGACCUGGCCACGCUGCCCGCGGCCAUCGCCAGCCUCGUCAACCUCCGAGAGCUCGACAUCAGCAAAAACGGGAUCCAGGAUUUCCCAGAAAACAUCAAGUGUUGUAAGUGUUUAACCAUAAUCGAGGCCAGCGUCAAUCCCGUGUCCAAGUUGCCAGAUGGUUUCACACAACUUCUAAACCUGACCCAGCUCUAUCUCAACGACGCUUUUUUGGAAUUUCUCCCGGCUAAUUUUGGAAGAUUAUUCUGGGAUGUAUCCCCUGAGGUUCUUGAACAAAUCCAGAACCUAAAGGAGCUGUGGAUGGACAAUAAUUCCUUGCAAGUUCUACCUGGGUCUAUAGGGAAGUUAAAACAGCUCGUGUACCUGGAUGUGUCCAAAAACAGGAUCGAGACAGUGGACCUGGACAUCUCGGGCUGUGAGGGGCUGGAGGAUCUCCUCCUCUCCUCCAACAUGCUGCAGCAGCUGCCCGAUUCCAUAGGGUUGUUGAAGAGACUGACAACUCUGAAAGUGGAUGACAACCAGCUCACAAUCCUGCCCAAUGCCAUUGGAAAUUUGUCCCUGCUGGAGGAAUUCGACUGCAGCUGUAACGAGCUGGAGUCGCUGCCCUCCACCAUCGGGUACCUGCACAACCUGCGCACCCUGGCCGUGGACGAGAACUUCCUCCCCGAGCUGCCCAGGGAGAUUGGGAGCUGUAAGAACGUGACUGUGAUGUCCCUGCGCUCCAACAAACUGGAAUUUCUUCCUGAUGAGAUUGGCCAAAUGCAGAAGCUGAGGGUGUUAAAUCUGAGUGAUAACAGACUGAAGAAUUUGCCCUUCACUUUCACCAAACUCAAAGAACUGGCAGCCUUGUGGCUCUCUGACAACCAGAGAGAUUUCCAGUCAGACAGUGACAGCUUUAACCCCACUCUGUGGGAGGAGCAGAGGCAGCAGAGGAUGACUGUGGCCUUCGAGUUCGAAGACAAGAAAGAAGAGGAGGAAAAUCCAGGGAAAGUCAAGGUCGAGAUCAACCUGAAGCGUUACCCCACUCCCUACCCCGAGGAUUUGAAGAACAUGGUGAAAUCUGUGCAGAACCUGGUGAGCAAACCCAGCCUGGGAGUGCGCCCCGAGAAUUCCACCCCAGCCACCAACAGUGACCCCACGGGCAAGGACAAGUACGAGCACAAGUGGCCCCUGACCCCCAAGGAGAUCUCAGUGGAGGAUGCCUUUGGACACCCUGGCAGUGAGAUGAGGAUAGGGGAGCUCCGUCCUUCCAUGCCCGAGACGCCGCUGUACCCCCCCAAACUCGUCCUGCUGGGUAAAGACAAGAAAGAGUCGACAGAUGAGUCUGAAGCAGAUAAGAUCCAUUGUCUGAAUAACAGCGUUUCCUCAGGCACUUACUCAGACUAUUCCCCUUCCCAGGCUUCCUCAGGGUCCUCCAACGCGCACGUAAAAAUGGGCUCCCUGCAGACCACGGCUAAAGAAGCAGUGAAUAACUCUUUGUGGGGGAACAGGCUGGCCCAGUCGUUCCCACAGCCCCUGGAGACCAAGCCAUUGCUGAGCCAGCGGGAAGCGGCUCCGGCCGGGAACGUUCCGGCGCGCCCGGAGCGGCGCCCGCUGAGCGACGCCUUCGCCGACAGCUGGAACGACGGCUCCCACUACGACAACACGGGGUUCGUGGCCGAGGAGAGCGCGGCGGAGAACGCCAGCACCAACCCCCUGCUGAGCACCAAAUCCAGGAGCUCCUCCGCGCACGGGCGCCGGCCGCUCAUCCGGCAGGACAGGAUCGUGGGGAUCCCCCUGGAGCUGGAGCAGCCCGCGCUCAGAAACACACACGACUCCGAAGUGCCUCCUCCCAACCCUUGGCAAAAUUGGACCAGAACCCCCAGUCCUUUUGAAGACAGGACAGCUUUUCCUUCCAAACUGGAAAGCACCCCCAACACCAGCCCUUUGCCCGAGCGGAAAGAUCACGUCAAGGAGUCUCCCGAAAUGACGAGCACUUUCACUCCAGGAAUUCCGUGGGAAUAUCACGACUCCAACGCCAACAGGAGCCUCACAAACGUCUUUUCCCACGUGCACUGUCGCCCGGACCCUUCCAAAAACGUCAUCUCCAUCAGCAAGAGCACGGAGCGGCUCUCCCCCAUGAUGAGGGAUUUAAAAACGAACAAGUUUAAGAAGUCGCAGAGCAUCGACGAGAUCGACAUCGGUGCGUACAAGGUGUACAACAUCCCCCUGGAAAACUAUGCAUCCGGGAACGACACCGUGGGCCCCCACGAGAGGGUGGACAAGCUGCUGGGCCCGGAGCACGGCGUGCUCAGCAUGUCCCGCAGCCAGUCCGUGCCCAUGCUGGACGACGAGCUGCUGACCUACGGCAGCGUCAAGGUGCAGCCGCAGCACAAGGCGUCGGUCACCAAGAAAGUUUAUCAGUUCGACCAAAGCUUCAACCCCCAGGGCGCCGUGGAGCUGCCGGCCGACAAGCGGCUGCUGCCGCCCUUCCAGCUCAACGCCGAGUACCUGCCCCAGCCGGCCAAGAGCCUGCCCCAGGAGCUGGUGAGCCCACGGGGCUACCGCGGCUACGGGCCCGUGGAGCCCAUGUUCUCCUUCUCGCAGCCCUCGGUGGGCGAGGAGCCGGCGGCCGCCCCGUUCCCCGGCCCGGCCUCGCGGCCCGGCUUCCUGCGCAGGGCGGAUUCUCUGGUCAGCUCGGCCGAGAUGUCCGUGUUCCGCAGGGUGGGCGAGCCCCAGGAGCUGCCCCCGGCCGACAGGUACGGCCGGGCCCCGUUCCGCGGCGCCCCGGAGCGCCAGGGCAGCAUGGCCGUGCCCGAGGCCCAGUUCCUCAAGCGCAACGGGCGCUACGAAGACGAGCACCCUUCCUACCAGGAAGUGAAAGCCCAGACCGGGAGCUUCCCAGUUAAAAACCUCACGCAAAGGAGGCCCCUGUCGGCACGAAGCUACAGCACAGAGAGCUACGGCACGGCCCAAACGCGGCCGGUCUCAGCGAGGCCCACCAUGGCAGCUCUGCUGGAAAAGAUUCCGUCAGACUAUAACUUGGGUAACUAUGGCGACAAGCCUUCCGAUAGCAGUGAUAUAAAGCCGAGGCCUCCCCCUGGGAAGGGAAAUGAGAGCUGUGCUAAAAUGCCCGCUGACUGGAGACAACAGCUACUUAGACAUAUAGAAGCUAGAAGGUUAGACAGGAGCGCUGCUUACAAACACCACACAGUUAGCCUUGGCAUGCUGCACUCUGGAGGGGUUUCAGCCAUGCAUGCCGGCCGAAGCAUGACUUUAAACUUGCAGCCUAAAUCUAAAUUUGAAAACCAAAUGCUUCAAGAGCUACCUCUACCGAAAACCCCGUCGCAGCAGAGCAGCCUCCUGGACAACGGGCAGGACGAGGUGGCCGUGGGCAGCCCCUGGACCCCGUACCCGCUGGGCCGGCGGGACGUGCCCCCCGACACCGUCACCAAGAAGGCAGGUAGCCACAUCCAGACGCUGAUGGGAUCGCAGAGCCUGCAGCACCGCAGCCGGGAGCAGCAGCAGCAGUACGAGGGCAGCAUGAACAAAGUCACCAUCCAGCAGUACCAGCCCCCCCUGCCCAUCCAGAUCCCGGCGUCCCAGAGCUCCCGGGCCCCCCAGCCCCAGCGGUGCCUCAUCCAGACCAAGGGCCAGCGCAGCACCGACGCCUACCAGGAGCAGUUUUGUGUGAGGAUAGAGAAGAAUCCCGGCCUGGGGUUUAGUAUCAGUGGUGGAAUCAGUGGACAAGGAAAUCCAUUCAAACCUUCUGACAAGGGUAUCUUUGUUACUAGGGUUCAGCCUGACGGCCCCGCCUCCAGCCUGCUCCAGCCCGGAGACAAAAUCCUCCAGGCCAAUGGACACAGCUUUGUACACCUGGAACACGAGAAGGCUGUGCUCCUACUGAAGAGUUUCCAGAACACAGUAGACUUAGUUAUCCAACGUGAGCUUACUGUCUAAAUAUUUUUUUAUAAAUAGUAAAUAUGUCUAGCCAGAUCUAAUGUUCAAACA